AUGUCUGAAGACAACAACGAAAACUCCGAGAACAGCGAGUCUGAGAGCAGCUGGUCCGACGGUGAAUACGAGCGCUACGAGCUCGAGGCACUCACCAGGAUUCCUGCUAUGCCACGGGAGGUGCAAGACCUCAUCUUCUCAUUCUGCGACGUGACCUCUUAUUUGGCGCUUUGCGUGAUAAACAAAGAAUGGAAUGCCAGGAUCACACCUCUUCUCUGGGCGCAUCUUGACUUCGCCGACGAAUUCAUGGAAGAAGAGCUGGUCGAAACUACGCGCAAGUUCUUCGCCACGUGCGACACAAUAAUAGACGAGUCGCCAGAGCGGUUCGCAGCUCUGGCCUCCCAUGUCCAAACACUGGACGUGGGAAGACUGCACGGGGUGAACAUUGUGCAUGAAGAAUUCAACGGAGACGGCCUUAUAUUCUUCGGCGGUGAUGUUGGGGAGAGGUGUGUAUUUGAUGUGAUUGCGCAGUUCACCAACCUCCAGUCACUGUCGGUAUACGUGAAAAGCUGGUGGGAGAGUCCCGAUCUCGAAGCAACCGGCAGGGCACUCGCCCGCGGACUUACCAAAUUGACGUCUUUGAAGCUUGGGGGGCAAAUGUCAACGGAUGUCUUGCUGGGUCUGUUGAGCAAGCCGCAACAGCUCAAAGACCUCACUCUGAUAAACUUGAUCUCGGUUCCAGGCCAGGACCAUGGUCCUGACGGCAUUGCCUUUCUAUCGGGAAUCAGCCAUCGCUUCACCAGCCUCGAGACGCUGCAUCUAUGCAAGCUUGCGGACCUGGACGGGCGGCUCUGGGACGACGGUGAUAGAAACUAUGCCUCUGGAAUGCGGUGGGGAUUCCCCCGGGAAUCUGAGAUCUCUGUCCUGGAGGAUUGGGCCUCGAUACUUCGAAAUACAUCAACCACCCUCCAGUCGCUGACAUUGGAGAACCGCUACCUUUGUAGCAACAGGUUCGAGCGCAGACCUAGCUUUACUAUCGACCCAGGAAACACGCAUCCCGCUGACUAUGGAGCCUUUUCAAUCCGAGAAAGCCAACGGAUGCUCUUUCCGGAACUUUCGAACCGGCAGUGGCCGCAGCUGUCGGACCUGACACUGGUUGGAAUGGGCACGGUCCAGGAUGUGAACCAGGCAGUUUCUCAUCUCGAACCACGAGUUCACGUCGAGCAGCGGCCGGCUCGCAUUCAGAUUAUGGAAGGGGAUGUCACCCCGGAGGAAAUCUCGACCCCCGUUGAGUUUGCGUAA